AUGACCACCGAUACAACAGAACCCCACACUUCCCUACUGCCACAAAAGAAAUCCCUACGCCGUAGUGUUAAGGAGACAUUUUUUGAAUAUUCUUCAAAUACUUCAAUACAUGGUAUUAAAUUUUUGGGUGAAAAUCGUUCAUGGACCGAACGUAUUAUAUGGAUUUGUGUGUUCGUUGCUUCGUUAUAUUGGUGUAUCGAUGCCCUAAAAGAAAUCGCCGAGAAAUAUCGUGAGACUCCAGUUAUUGUUAGUAUUUCGGAAAAAUCAACCGAUAUAUGGCGAAUUCCAUUUCCGGCUGUGACAAUAUGUUCGGAAACGAAGCGAGAUCAAACCGAAGGUCCCUCAUUUAGUGAUCUUAGCAGCAUGUACAAUGAAAAUCCCCACGAACUGACCAACAAUUUAUCAGCAACUGAACUCAAGCAAUUUCUAGCAAUGUUACAAAUUUGUCCAGCAAGUGAUCCGGAUAACUCGGCAGAAAUACCCUUAUCAGAGAAAAGGCCUCUCGAUUAUUAUCAAAUACUCGAUGAAAUGGCGCCCGACUUCGAAUUAACUUUUCCGUUUUGUCAAUGGUUUUACAAUCACAAAACUAUAGAUUGUGGAAAACUUCUAACUAAAACCUAUACCGAAGAAGGUAUCUGCUAUACGUUUAAUGGUUUAAAUGCCACCGAUUUAUAUCGCGAAAAUACAAUACAAUACCAAAAAAUGGGUUUGGAAAAUCCCAUUGAUUCUAUUAGAACUCUGAAUAGGACAUUGAGCUGGACUCUCGCCGAUGGGUAUGAUGAAAAUAGUCCUCUAUUUACAUAUCCGGCAAGAAUUCUGAAAAGUGGCGCAAAAACUGGUCUCAAAGUUAUUGUACGUGAUUUUAAAUAUGACACAGAUUAUGGUUGUAGUGGCCCAACAAAAGGUUUAAAAAUUCUACUACAUCCACCGGAUGAUGUGCAAAUGGUAUCGGAAAAUUUCAUACGUCUAUCAAUGCAGCGACAAGCUUCGAUUGCUGUCAAGCCGGAAAUGAUGACAACAUCAAAGGGAAUUGAAAAAUACACACCCAGUCAACGGCAAUGUCAAAUGUCCAAUGAACGCUAUUUGCGCUUUUUUCAAGUGUACACUGAGAAAAAUUGUGAACUAGAAUGUUUGACAAAUUUCACGAUGGCCCAGUGUGGUUGUGUACGGUUUUUUAUGCCUCGUACCGUGGAUAUGCCUGUGUGUUCGGAAGCACAAAUUAAUUGCUACAAUGAGGCGGCUAAAAAUCUCUCGGCCAUGUAUUUCGCCAGUGAUUUAAAGAAAUCGAAUAAUAAAUGCAACUGCCUGCCAGCCUGUACCUCCUUGGAUUAUGAAGUUGAAAUAUCUGAGGGUAAUUUUAAAUCUGAAGCCAUAGGUGAAAUAUUCUCUGAAGAUUUGGAAUAUGCUGCACUGCAUGUCUAUUUUAAGGAUAAUAAGUUUUUCACCACACAUCGUUCGGAAUUGUAUGGCUAUUAUGAUUUCAUUGCCAAUUGUGGUGGUAUUUUUGGUUUAUUUAUGGGUUUAUCACUGUUAAGUGUUUUCGAAAUAUUUUAUCACCUAACAUUGCGUUUGUGGAAUAAUUAUAAAGUGAAGAAAUAUUGA